AUUAGUGGGAUGUUUCUGAAAAUUCGGCGUAAACACGAACCACCGAGCAGCAUCUUGACUCAAGAUAUUUCAUUUCACGUUACUUCCGUCCGCUCGGUACGCCUGCUGCUAUAAUGAUGUUAAAGCUCACGUUCAGCUGCAAAAUGUGUGGUAUCUGGGCAAUAUUUGGCAGUGAUGAGUGCCUAUCAGUUCAGUGCACCAGUGCCAUGAAGAUCGCUCACAGGGGCCCUGACGCCUUUCGCUUUGAGAAUGUCAAUGGCUUCACCAACUGCUGUUUUGGCUUCCACCGGCUGGCUAUUGUGGACCAGUUGUAUGGCAUGCAGCCCUUGCGCAUCAAGAAGUUCCCUUUUUUGUGGCUCUGCUACAAUGGAGAGAUUUACAACCAUCACACUCUGGGGAAGGAGUUUGAGUUUGAUUACCAGACUAAAGUGGAUGGAGAGGUGUUGCUCCAUCUGUAUGAACGCUUUGGCAUCCAGAAGAUGGCUUCUCUCCUGGAUGGUGUCUUUGCUUUUGUUCUGCUGGACACUGCCAACAGAAAAGUUUUUCUGGGAAGAGAUACAUAUGGUGUUCGGCCUUUGUUCAAAUUCCUCACAGACGAUGGAUUCCUCGCAGUCUGCUCAGAAGCCAAAGGGCUUACAGACCUUACUCAUCCAUCUGAGACCCCUGUGGACAUCGUCCCCUUUCUCCCUGGACACUUUGAAGUCUUUGAUUUGAAGCAGAAUGGCAAAGUUCAGUCCAUUCAAAUGGAGCAGUUUCACUGCUGCACAAAGGAGCCUGCGCAUGCCAUCUACGACACCGUGGAGAGGCUGCCCACAAAUUUUGAGGAAGAAACAGUGAAAAUCACCAUCAGAACCCUGUUUGAGAAUGCUGUAAGGAAACGUCUCAUGGCCCACAGGAGGAUUGGCUGUCUUCUGUCAGGUGGUUUAGACUCCAGUUUGGUUGCUGCUACACUGGUGAAGCUGGCCAAGGAGGAGAAGCUGCAGUAUCCUAUUCAGACAUUUUCAAUUGGGUCAGAGGACAGUCCAGACAUCAUAGCUGCUCGCAAGGUUGCAGCUCACAUUGGUAGUGAACAUCAUGAGUUGAACUUUACUGCGGAGGAAGGCAUCCAGGCUAUAGAGGAAGUCAUCUUUCAUUUGGAGACCUAUGACAUCACCACCAUACGUGCCUCUGUAGGGAUGUACUUGAUUUCAAAGUACAUCAGGGAGAAGUCGGACAGCGUGGUGAUCUUCUCUGGAGAGGGUUCUGACGAGCUAACGCAGGGAUACAUUUACUUCCACAAGGCUCCAUCUCCCAAAGCUGCUGCGGAGGACAGUAUUCGACUAAUGAAGGAGCUUUACCUGUUUGAUGUCCUCCGUGCUGAUCGCACAACUGCUGCGCAUGGCCUGGAGCUCAGAGUGCCUUUCCUGGACCACAGAUUCACGGCGUACUACCUCUCUCUGCCUGAGGAGAUGAGGAUUCCUCAGCAUGGAUUUGAGAAGUAUUUGCUGAGGGACUCUUUCAAAGGUCUUAACUUGAUUCCUGAGGAGAUCCUGUGGAGGCGCAAAGAGGCAUUCAGUGACGGCAUGAUGUCUGUGAAGAAGUCCUGGUACACUUUCCUCCAGGAGCACCUGGAGUCCAUGGUGAAUGACGACCAGAUGGGGAAGGCACAUAAGACGUUCCCUCACAACCCUCCAUGCUCCAAAGAGGCCUACUACUUCAGACAGGUGUUCGAGAAGCACUACCCAGGCCGGGCUAAAUGGCUUUCCCAUUACUGGAUGCCACGCUGGAUCAAUGCCACUGACCCAUCAGCCCGGACCCUGUCUAUCUACAAAACCGAUAAAGAUCAAUGAACAGCUGUAGAACAGCGGUGUGCCUUUGUCUGUCUGUCUGUCAGCAACAUGUUGGGGCUUCUUAACACAUUCAUGAAACGUUCUACAUGUAGCGUAUUUAGCUUUACAUUGUUUAACUCAGAUUAAAUUAGACCUCAUUCAGUGUGAUGUCACAGAUUUAGCACCAGUUAUUCAAUAGCUUUGAAAAAGUAGUGGAGGGCAUCUUCUGGGACCACUAUUUAUACAUCUGCAAAAUUCAUUCACAUACUGAACGUUAGGGUCGUACUGUAUGCAGUGUAUUUAAGUGGACCACACCUGUGAGGUUGUUUUCUGCUUUGUUUUGUGCUGGCCCACUUACUACAAAUUGGGUUUUUUGUUUUUUUUCAACUAUUUUGCUUUCAAGCACAGGACAGUUUUAAAUUCAUACAAUGUUUAAUUCAAAAUAUUUUACACAUUUUGUCCUAUAUAUUUUUAGGCUCAUAAUUUCUUUUGCCUUAAUCAUUGAAAGUAUACAAUUUGCCCUGAGUUCUAUUUCUUACCCUCCAGGCAGACAUUGCUUUUCUUAUAUCUCAUUAAUUAAGUGAUUAAAAUGAAUUUGCAGAGAUUAGAAAUGUGAUAUUGAUAAUCCUUUGCAUUAAUCACAAGCCUCAUCUUCUUUUAGGGACUCUAAGACAGACUGCUGCUUAGCUGCUACGGUGUCUGACUCUAAAACCUUCCCUGAUGAGCUGCUUACCUGGCUAAAACACUCUUGUGUUGCAUAAAUCUGAGCUUUAGCAUCAUGUUUUACUUGCUGUUAGACUAGAUUUGGAGUUUUUAGGAUUUUUAUUCAAGGGCACUAAUAUGUUUGGGGUUUUUUUACCAUAUCAUUUUUGAUUAAACAAAAAACAACUGUUCUCAAACGCCACAUCAGUCUUGCUCUAGUGAUGAGGCCUAACCUAAAUCACUGACCUGAAUGAGGUUGCCUUCUGAAUGUGGUAUUUUCUUCUGGAGGGACAGUGUUGUUAUACUGUAACUGGACAGUUCGGGAGCAUUUUCCUGCUGGUACUUCUUAGAUACUGUGGCCUCAUAAGUUACAGUAGACAUGAUGAUGAAUAUAUUUUAAUAGCUUGAGAUCGACUUGCCUUUAUGCUGAUUAUUCGGCCUGUCUGCAUUGGACGCCUGUUCAGAAAAUGGUGUAUGUUGGUUUGGAGUUUAACCACUAAUGGAUUGCUCUGUUUAGAGGUGCUAAUACUAAAAUGGCUGAUGCUCCAGCUUGUUGACAAGUAUAUUAUGCAAUUUGUGUGAAGGACAUCUUAACAGUUUCUCAUGGACAGAGGUGACUCAUAUGUGAAACUGACAUGGCUUUUCACACUCAUUAAUGUCACCUCUGCCGCUCUGCUCUGGGAAUUACGUCUUUGGUUAGGACUGGCUAUGCAAACAGACAUUUGUUGCAAGUGUGUUACAGGUAUAUGUAUGUCAGCUUUUUGAAUAUUGUAAUAAAAAAGUUAAAUACAGCAUGUCAGAGGUUUUCAUCCACGUGAGAUAUGAGAGCAAACUGCAGAAAAUUGGAAAAAAAUAUCUCCUGACAAUAUACAUGCAAUUCAAUAACUGUUAACUACAUUAUCAAUCUCUGACACCUUGAGGAUAAAGUGAUCACUGUAAGGUUCGUAUUUCUGAAAACCAUUUAAUUCAGGGCUGUUUCAUCAGAUUUGUAGUUAAUUUUGUCCAGCUCAUUACUAUUUAGUUGUUUGUCUGAAUUUCUUCCUCCUUUGUGUCAUUGUCUCCACUUAAUGCUGCUAAAAUAAAUUCACCUCUAAAGUGUA